CUAAAUCUAAACAGUUAUUUUAAUGCUGAGGUAAAGGUAAAGUUGCUAAGGCAGUGUUCAUAACAUUGUUAUUACGAAAGGUCUACCAAUGACCGUAAUAAAGUUGAUAGUCGGUAAAGUGUGUUCUAUUUCAACCCAUUUUUGAUGGUUCAGUGUUUAGCCAACGUUAUGGUACUGCUGUUGACUGGUUGUUGUGGGCAAAAAAAAUACAAGGAAAUCUAGGUAAAUGAACAGGACUCGCAGGCUAAGAUAAAUAUUAUGUCUACCAGUACUGGUCUAAUUAGCUCAUAUUUCUUACGCGUAACUUAGCUACGUUUCAAAAAGUUUGCCCUGACCUGAAGGGAAAUGAUCAAAUGAUAAUUUCCUUGAUGUCGUGAUCUCUCUUCAGUGCCUAAAUCUUAUGAGCUAUCGUGACGAUGUAAUAGCAGCGUAGUACAUCACUGUGCUACUAUCAGAGAACAGUGGCUCAUCAUCACUAACGUUACUGACUUCAGUAGAUCCACCAAAUAUCGCCAACAACUUUGAGCAAGUCUUCACAGACCAAGUUAUGGCGAAUUCCAACAAACGCACUCGGAGAGAGGACUCCUCUUUGGUGCUCACGUGUGAGUGGGCAUCCUGCAAAGAAACCUUCCCUCAAAUGCAAGAGUUUUGCAAGCACGUGGAGAAACACCACGCAAUGUCAACAGAGGACAUGGACACUGAUGACGAUGUGGAUGAGCAUGUGUGUCAGUGGAGGGACUGUGGCUUCUGUUCGGUAGAGAGUGCGGCAGAGUUACAGAGACAUUUGUUCUUCCACUGCUACCACACCAAGCUGAAGCAGUGGGGACUCAAUAUCCUCCAGGCUCACCCUGACAUGGGCACCUGUUCCGUGGGCCUUCACAACCGCAACAUAAUACCCGAGAUCACUGACAACUUCAUUUGCUCCUGGGAGCAUUGUGAGGCCUCUAUGGACAACCCUGAGUGGUUCUAUCGCCACGUAGAGAACCACGCCUUGUCCCUGGACAUGAAGUCCAAUGGAAAGGAAGAGAAUGUUCUUUGCUGUGGCUGGAAAGAUUGUGAGGCCACCUUCAAGGGACGCUUCAAGUUGCGAGAGCACCUGCGGAGUCACACCCAGGAGAAGAUAGUCGCGUGUCCGACCUGUGGAGGGAUGUUUGCUAACAACACCAAGUUCUUUGACCACAUCCGGCGGCAAACAACUAUUGAAGGCCAAAGAUUCCAGUGUUCCCACUGUUCUAAGCGCUUUGCUACCGAGAGACUUCUCCGAGACCACAUGAGAAACCAUGUGAACCAUUACAAAUGUCCUUUUUGUGACAUGACCUGCCCCUCGCCGUCCUCACUCAGAAACCAUAUCAAGUUCCGCCACAGCAACGAGAAACCCUACCGCUGCGACUACUGCGAGUACAGCUGUAAGAACCUGAUCGACCUGCGGAAACAUUUCGAUACACACAGUAGCGUGCCAGCCUAUCAGUGCGACUACGAGGACUGUGACUACGCCACCCGCUCCAUGCAGUCCAUCAAGGCGCACUACAAAAGAGUGCACGAGGGCGAUGUCGCUCCACGCUACAAGUGUCAUGUGUGUGAGCAGUGCUUCACGAGAGGAAACAACCUCACGGCUCACCUGCGCAAGAAACACCAGUUCAAAUGGCCAUCGGGACACCCCAGAUUCAGGUACAAGGAGCAUGAGGACGGCUUCAUGCGGCUGCAGCUGAUUCGUUACGAGAGCGUGGAGCUGACCGAGCAGCUGAUGAGGGAGAGGCCGGCGGAGGGGGACUGCUCCGACCAGCCUGCCCAGAACGAGGGCAUCGGGAGUGGCCUGCAGUCCCCCGCGGACGGAGAGGAUGUAUCUGACGGCCAGGAGGAAGAGGAGGAGGAGGAGGAGGAGGAGGGGGACUGUGGGGCGGAGGAGAGAGCGAGGCCGGAGGAGGGGGACAACGUGCUCCUGGUCAUGCUGAAGGGAAGCUCCCCGGAGGGCCAGGCAGCGGAGGAGGACACGGUGAUGAGGCGGCUGCAGGACACAGCACAGCAGCUGGGCAUGGAGGUGGUGUGAGGGCCCGGAGGCUGGGACAUGAUGGCAGCAGACCCAGCGUUGCACUGUGGUCAUCGCUGUUCGGGACUUGUCCAAAGGGUUUGAUCUCCGCUUGAAGUGGCAAAUGAGUGAGUGAUGCAAAUUCUAGUGAAAGCAGUGAGUGACUGUAAUAUGAUCUCUCCAGACACAUUGGGGUUUGGCAGUGCCAAGCUUGGACCACUGUUCCAAGGCCCAAAGAGGUUCAUGGGAAGUAUCGGCUCCUCUCUUCUCUGGGAUGCAAAGGUUGCAUCAUCAACAGUCAGAAUCUGGAAUGUCCAACUGCUUCAUUGUUCUUUGUUUUUGGAGAAAAAGGUGUUUGACUUUAAAAUUGACUGAAGACAUUCUGCUCCCAUGGAAGCUCAGGUCUUCUGGAAGAGUUGAUGAUUCCAGUUGUGGCCAGUAUCUGAAGCUCAGUUCCUCAGCUUCCUACUUACCUCACAGCUUCCACAACUCUCGUAAGCUCUUGAUGAGUUUAUCUAUUCUUCCUUUUGCCUCUCUCACAGAAGAAUACUUAUUGAUGGACUGUUUGAAGUGACACUAAUUCCUAUUGUUCUAAAUGGUUCAUUUUUGUUUUAGCUUUUUUAGCUAAUGGUCUUGGCAGUUAUAAGCCAGCAAGUUUCCAAAGGCACUUGGUUAGCGUGGGUUUGAUGUGUAAAUAUGUUCGAAAAAGUUGCACUUAUACGAGAUAGUAGUGAAGUGAAUCGUCUUCCCAGCCAUUUUCUGAUUUUUUCAACAAUGUUUGAUGUUUGUUUCCAAUUCCAAUUAAUUACCCCCCAGUCAAAAGUGGAAGAUCAAAGUGGUAAGGUUAUAGAGGACCUCAAACUAAUUUAUGUUUUAUUAACUCCACUGUGAGGAAAUGAUAAUGUGAAUCUGGCAAUGUAUGCUUCCAUCGUCUCUUACUGAUGAGGUGUAUUGGUAUAAGCUCACUAUUUCAUACACAUGUUACAUCACCGCUAUGUGGAAGUACUUGUUGAUUUAUUUAUUUUGUGCUAAAAUAACCUUCUGAGAAAAGUACCACAACAGCCUCGGAGGAGAUGGAGUUGGUUUGAAUAAACUCUAUCUUGAACUAA